AUGACGCUGUAUGAGCCUGGGGACAUUGAGUCCGAGUGGGCCAUGUUCCGUACCUCUAUUGUCAAGGCGACUGAGGCAGCUGACAGGUACCGGCAGGCCAAGCGGUUUGCGGCUUCAAGAAGAUUCUGGACCACCAUCCGGCGUCUCAGGAGGGGGAAGCAGUACGCUGUCAACACCUUGUACGGUGGAGAUGGCGCGCUAUUGACCUCAACUCAGGACGUUGUGGGUCAGUGGAAGGAAUACUUCGAAGACCUCCUCAAUCCUAUCGACACACCUUCCGAUGGGGAAGCAGAGCCUGGGGACUCAGGUGUGGGCUCUUCUAUCUCUGGGACUGAGGUCGCCGAGGUGGUCAGAAAGCUCCUCGGGACAGUGUCCCUGGACUGGCAGACUGGGGUGGUGGUCCCCCUCUUUAAGAAGGGGGACCGGAGGGUGUGUUCCAAUUAUAGGGGGAUCACAUUUCUCAGCCUCCCCGUGGACCCGCUCUACACUCUCGGCAGGGUCCUAGAGGGUGCGUGGGAGUUAGCCCAACCAGUCUACAUGUGUUUUGUAGACCUGGAGAAGGCAUUCGACCGUGUCCCACGGGGAAUCCUGUGGAGGGUGCUCCAGGAAUAUGGGGUACCGGACCCCCUGAUAAGGGCAGUUCAGUCCCUUUACGACCGGUGUCAGAGCUUGGGCCACAUUGCUGGAACUGGCCUGGUAUUUGCCAAGCCAUUGAGAGAAAGAGGCUGUACAACAAUGUUGGACCCUUUCAACAUGAAGUAUGGAAAAGUACUAACAGCUGGACUGAGCCUGGUUUCACUUUUUGUUGAUCUGAUGUGGGUACCCGCAACACUCAUUGGUUUAGGAGCAAUCAUGAAUGUGGUCUUGGAUUUACCUUUUGCUGUUUGCAUCUGGAUUUCUGCUGCUGUCGCCAUCAUCUACACACUGCUGGGAGGUCUCUACUCUGUGGCCUACACAGAUGUUAUACAACUUUUCCUCAUUUUCAUUGGUUUGUGGGUUUGUGUUCCCUUUGUUUUGAUGAGCCCGUACACCUUGGACAUCAGCCAGACGUUGAUGAACAACACCUUACACGCUCCCUGGAUCGGAACGCCAGAACCGAAAAACGCCUGGAGGAUUGUUGACGAUUUCUUAUUCUUUGCACUGGGGGGUCUGGCAUACCAGUGCUUGCACCAGAGGACCUUGUCAGCCUCUUCCACAUCCACAGCCAAGAUCACAUGUCUUGUUGCUGGCUUCAUCUUUCUUUUAUUUGGGAUACCUCCCAUACUGCUUGGGGCAGCAGCUGCAUCCACAGACUGGAACUUGACCACCUACGGUUCUCCAUCUCCAUUUGAACGUGGAGAAGCAGCUUUAGCUCUUCCCAUUGCACUGCAGCACCUCACUCCAUCCUUCAUCUCCAUCAUCGGUAUUGGAUGUGUGGCAGCAGCUGUGAUGUCAUCGGCUGACUCUGCUUUGCUUUCUGCAGCUUCUGUCUUCAGUGUCAACGUAUACAAGAGCAUCCUGAGGCCUCAGGCAUCAGACAGAGAGAUUCAGUGGGUGAUCCGUGCUGCUGUGGUGGUAGUGGGUGUGGUUGGUACGUCACUCACCACCCUGAAAAACAGCAUCAUUCUGUUCAUGUUCAUUAGUGGUGAAGGAGCCUACAUUGUUACCUUCCCUCAACUCGUCUGUGUCCUCUUCUUCAACAUCUCCAAUGGUUAUGGGGCUGUUUUGGGUUUCCUUGUGGGGAUUUCUUUAAGGAUACUCAGUGGGGACCCAACACUAGGACUAGCACCAGUCAUACACUUCCCAGGAUGCACUCUUGAAGACGGUGUUUAUGUCCAGUAUGCUCCAGUUAGGACCAUCUCCAUGUUGUCUGCUUUAGCCGCCAUCUUGAUUUUCUCCUACCUGGCUUCAGUGCUCUUCAACAAAGGCCUGCUUCCUGAGAGGUGGGAUGUCUUCAAAGUAAAAAGACAACAGACACCACAACCAAUGACAGCAAUAGGUGACACCACAGAACCAAAUGAGAAUGAGAAAUUGAGGACAACACAUUGUCAAGCUGAGGCAUCAGAGCCAAUGAUGACCAGUAACUUUUAGUGAAUGUGU